ACGCUGUGUUCUGUCUCGUACAAUCCCGAGUCUUAGUAGUAAUCUUCAAGUGUACGUCGUAGUACAUAUUACUCUCCAUUUUUUUUUCUAUUUUAUUCUCCAGCUCGUGCGAGCUAAAUUUCUUUAAAUCUUUUUGUCAAAAUCAGCAUCUACGAUUGUCUUCAUUUAAACCAGGAAAGUUAUUUAUCUGAGCGAUUGAUUUUAACGUGGGCCAGUGAACACGUGAAACAAGAUGGUGAAGGAGACGACUUUCUAUGAUGUCCUAGGCGUUAAACCUGGAUGCUCACAGGACGAUCUCAAAAAAGCUUACAGAAAACUUGCUCUCAAAUACCAUCCUGAUAAAAAUCCCAAUGAAGGAGAAAGGUUCAAACAAAUAUCACAAGCCUACGAGGUAUUAUCUGACCCGGAGAAGAAACGUAUUUAUGACACUGGUGGUGAGCAAGCAUUGAAAGAGGGAGGAAUGGGCAGCCACUUCACAUCCCCCAUGGAUCUCUUUGAUGUAUUUUUUGGCAGCAGCUCAAGACGUAGGGCAAGAAAAGGUCAGGAUGUUGUUCAUCAAUUGUCUGUUACACUCGAAGAAUUGUACAAAGGAACUACGAGAAAACUUGCUCUACAGAAGAACGUUAUCUGUGAAAAAUGUGAAGGAUAUGGAGGUAAAAAAGGAUCGGCAGAACAGUGUACUAUUUGUCAUGGCUCUGGUAUGGUAAUGCAGAUUCAACAGCUAGCGCCAGGUAUUGUUCAGCAAAUCCAAUCAAAGUGUUCAAGUUGUAAAGGCCAGGGUGAACGUAUCAAUCAGCGAGAUCGAUGCAAGCACUGUGGUGGCAAGAAAACAAUUCGCGACAGAAAGAUCCUGGAAGUUCACGUUGAUAAGGGUAUGGUUGACGGUCAGAAGAUUGUUUUCAACGGUGAAGGUGAUCAAGAACCCGGUCUUGAACCUGGUGAUAUCAUUAUUCUACUUGAUGAGAAAGAACAUCCAGUAUACAAGCGAGCCGGAAAUAAUUUAAUUCUACCGAUGACUUUAUCUCUAACGGAGUCAUUGUGUGGAUUCCAAAAAAUAAUUCGUACCCUUGACGACCGAGAUCUUUUGAUAACUUCAUUACCUGGACAGGUUAUAAAACACGGCGAUCUUAAGUGCAUACCAGAGGAAGGUAUGCCGUUGUACCGAGAUCCGUUUACAAAAGGAAAAUUGACGAUUCACUUCACUGUCGAUUAUCCAAAAUCAAUUGAUCCGGCCAUUGUUCCACAGUUAGAAAGUCUGUUACCACCACGUGAACAGACAAUGAUCCCCGAUGACGCCGAAGAAGUUAUUUUGGAAGACUUUGACCCUAUGUUAGAUGCACAGCAACAACGCGAACGAGGUGGUGAAGCAUAUGACGAAGAUAAGGGUUCAUCUCGUGUACAAUGUGCUACACAUUAAUUAAUAAAUAAAUAAAUUUAUUAAUUUAUAAAUUCAUAAUUGUGAAGAUAACAGGACAACAAAAUAAUCAGAACCACUACUAUUUUAUUUCUUAAAACAUUUAAAUACUGAUAAUAAUAAUAAUAAUAAUAAUAAUAAUAAUAAUAUUGAUAAUAAUAAUAAUAACGGUAAUAUUAAUAACAAGAUGAUAAAAUUUACGUCCCUGCUACUACAUCAUCAACAUCAUUGUGAUCUUUUAGGCAGUAGCGUAAGAAUCAUUUUUAGGUUUUCAUUAAAUUAACGGCGUGAUAAAAGUAAUUCGACUUGAUAAUGAAAAAUAAAUCGCAAUAAUAUUGAAUUACAUAUUUGAAAUUUAAAUUAAAUAAUAAAAGAUGCGCCUUUGUCCACAAUUGAUGUUUUUUUAUUUAUUAUUUUUUUUCCGUAUUGGAAACGGAGCGAAUUGUACUUAUGAAUCAAUGCGCUCUCUAAAAUGAUAAUGAACAUUAAUAACAAUAAAUUAAUUAAUUGAAAUAAUAAUAUUAGUGAAAAUCAAGGUUAUUAUAAUAAUAAUAAAAUGAAAGUGGUCGAACUAGCUGAAUUAUGUCCGUAAAUUGAUUGACCCUAGCUCCAUUGAAGCUGUUUUUUAAAGAUUCCCGCUUCACAUUAAAUGAUUAAUCGUAAUUAAUAAAUUUAUAAAAAUGAAAACAAUUGAGGUUUUGAUUUUUUACAAUAAAUUAUGGAAGUUUUAUUUAAUUAUCAAUUGCACUAAUUCUUGAAUAUUUAUUUGUAAUAAUGAAUUAUUUCUAUCUAAUAAUUAUUUAAUUAGAUCGAUCUAAUAGGAAUGCUUACUGUGACCAAAAAAAUUUAUAAAAUUAAAUUAAAAUUUAGAUUUUCAUACACGACAAUUAUUAACUCAUUCCAAGGUCCGUUGGAUUCCAUUUAAAUAAAUUAAUCUAGUUAAUUAAUAAAAAUCAUCUGCCUGUACGACGUUCCUUAAAUAAAUAAUUUAAAAUUACGACGAUUAAAUGAAAUAAAAUUCUGUACAACUCUACAGUGGAUAUCGCAUAAUAAAAACAGUCGUAAUAAAGCGAUAAAAUGUCUUUUAGUUAAUAAAUAUACAAUUGAGACAUUACUGAGUUGAUGUCAAUUUAAACGGUUCGCCAACCCCAAAUUUAUUGAGUACAAUUUAAUUUAAAUUUGUAAUUAUCUUUCACUUUAAAAAAAUUAAUUUUAUAUAAUUUCUUUUUAUACACUGAGUAUCUUGAUAGCCCAUAAAUAUGUAACGAUGCCUGCAAUACGUAUAUUAUAAUUUUUAAAAAUCGUAAAACAUGACUCACGAAUGUCCAUCGAGCGCAAUUACGUCAGCGCAUCAAUCUUGAUCCGUAAAAUAUUUAUGAUCUAUAAAAUUAAAUCAUGAAUUACAUUCUUUUUUUUUUCGUUUUUAAUUAUACAUGACUAGCAAUUAAUUAUUCAUAAUUCUAUACAUUCAUAAAAUUUAUAAACCGCAAAUUAGUUUAGUUAAAUUUUAAUUUUAAUAGGUGAAUUGCUAUUGUUUAUUAUUUUAAGUGUCAAGUAAAGAAAACUGGUCAAUGCAA